AUGGACGGAGACAGAGCCCUGAGCUUCGAGCCAGAUGAGAAGGUCUUCAAGGAGCACUCGCCCUUUGGGGGGCCAUCGCCUCUGCUUCGCGUCGCCGCGGCCAAGACCUCUGAAAAGGACGAGGAGCCGUCUGAGGAGCCUGUGGAUGCAGACGCGGAGGUCUAUGACCUGGCGGCACUGUGGCUGGCGCUUGGCGAUUCGUUGCCACCGGCGGCGAUGAGUGAACUAGAGGCCAAGAUGUCAAACACCCACUCUCUGGAGGCGAUUCGGGAGUUGAUCACUGGUGCCAUGAAGCAGCACAACUUCGUCCCGGAUGUUGGUGCAGCCACUGCCUCGUUGCACAUGGAGGAGCGCACGGAGGACCCCACUGCCAAGGUCAAAGCAGCAGGGAGAGCACACGAGGAGGCCGGCAGACAGCUGGAACAGCUUCUUAGCAAAAAGGAGGAGGGCGCAGAGGAUGUUGCGGAGGCCACGAUUCAGGCCGCCACAGACGCGAAAGUCGAGGCGCAGGAGGCCCUGCAGGAGGCAAAGGAGCAGCUUGCUAAAUACCUGGAGGAGGCCAAAGAAUGGAAACAGCGCUACGUCCGACUUCCUGUGCGGCCAUGGCGGCUGGAGCCACUGGAGGGAGCUAAGCUUUUUCCGGCUCUAGCUGGCUUGCGCUCCUCCUGCUCUCGAUAUCCCGUGAUCCUCGCCAUGGCUCGCAUGCUCUUCUUGGUGCUUCCUUGCCUUGUGGCAGCCGAGCCCCAGUCUCUCCGUGGCUCCGACGUGCCCCGCAAGCUCUUCGAUGAAGUGGCUUGCACUGGCAGCGGGGGCUUGUCUCAGGACGCUCCUUCUUGCUACGGGGGCCAGGUGCUUGUCGAGAGCUUCUCGCUCCACGUCCUGAGCUAUGACGGCUCCACAGGUAUUGUGGACAUGAAAGCCGAGGGUCCCCAGACGGCCGAGUGCGAGGGCGCAGAGUUCCAAAACGAUGACAAUGCCAUUACCAUCGAGAACGAUCAUGGAUGUGGAUUGGCCAACUACGAGUACUCCGUCAGGUAUUGCCCAGACCAGGAUCAUGUCAUUAUCAACCUUGUGAAGCCCUAUGACAUGCGCGUGGUGCUGCAGAGCCGGACAUGCCCCGGAGCCGGAGAG